AUGUGCUUCGAUUGGGUAUUUGAUGCUAAAGCUUAUGGAGCUUAUUGCGUCCAACUUGAAUUGGAUGGAAUUGGUGCAUUGGAGCUCAACAAGGAGCUUAGUGGAGUUAAGAGUGGAGUUGGUAGUGCGCACAAUGAGGCAAGAAUACAAUUUGAAGGUUUCAAGAAUCAAAGACAAAGUGUGGAGUAUUCAUUUUCAUCGAGGAAACAUGAGCUUGAAGUUGCUUAUCGCAAACGCUUGACUUCCAUUUUAAAAGUAAUUCGAUUUUUGUUGUUACAAGGAUUGCCUUUUCGGGGGCAUGAUGAGUCUUCGACAUCAUCCAAUAGAGGAAAUUUUUUAGAAUUGCUCAAAUGGUAUAGCUCAGAGUGUCCAGAAGUUGCGGCAGUUGUUGGAAUGAAUGCACCUGGAAAUAAUCAAAUGAUUGCCCCAAAAAUUCAGAAGCAAUUGGUGCAUGCUUGUGCAGUUGAGACCACAAAUGCUAUUCUAGCUGAUCUUGGAGAUAGGUGGUUCACUUUACUACUUGAUGAGGCUCGUGACUGUUCAGUAAAAGAGCAAAUGGCAGUUAUUAUUAGAUAUGUGAACAAAUAUGGAGAGGUGAUUGAACGAUUUAUGGCUGUAGUUCAUGUUGCAACAACUACAGCUGCUUGUUUGAAGGAGGCAAUCGACUCUUUAUUUGCUAAGUAUGGUUUGUCAGUGGCGAGAUUGAGGGGUCAAGGAUAUGAUGGUGCUUCAAAUAUGUCUGGAGAAUUUAAUGGAUUAAAGUCACUGAUAAUGAAAGAAAAUCCGUAUGCAUUGUAUGUUCAUUGUUUUGCUCAUCAACUCCAGCUAGUGGUUGUAGCUAUUGCUCAAGCAAAUCAAUAUGUUUGUGAUUUCAUGUGGAUUGUUGGUUCGAUUGUGAAUACAUCUACAUCAUCUUGCAAAAGGGCCGACAAACUUCGACAACUUGAACAUGACAGAAAAGUUAAAUUUCUUGAAAGAGGAGAGAUUAGUUCUGAGGUUCUUCAAAAUUUGAUUGAUGAUAGUGAUCGUUCUUCUAAGGGUUUAAGUAGAACUUUGGUUGAAAGAAUGGAGAGGUAUGAAUUUGUGUUUAUUCUACUAUUGAUGAAACGUAUAUUGGCAAUCACAAAUCAUUUGUCAACCGUUCUACAAGAGAAAGAUCAAAAUAUUGUGAAUGUGAUGCAUAACAUCAAUAGCCGUAGUCGUUUGAAGAGAGAUGGAAAAAAUGUUAAUUUGUAUCACUACUACCAUGUUGAAAUCUUUUGUGAGGUUAUCGAUAUUAUUCUACAGGAGAUGGAUAGCCGUUUUUCUGAAACAACUACAGAUUUGUUGAUUAAUAUGUCAUGCCUUGAUCCUAGGAACUCGUUCUCUAGAUUUGAUGCACAAAAGUUAGUGCGUCUGGCUCAUUUUUAUGAGGAUGAUUUUUCUUGGAAUGAGCGUAUGUUGGUUGAACAAGAGCUUGAAACAUAUAUUGAUAACGUCAGAUCAGAUGAACGAUUUGAAGGCAUUUCAGAUUUGGGAGCUCUUGCAAAGAAAAUGAUUGAAAUAAUGAAGAACCGUGUGUUUCCUUUGGUUUAUCGGAUGAUUGAGCUAGCCUUACUUAUUCCAGUUGCUACUACAACCGUUGAAAGAGUGUUUUCGGCAAUGAAUAUUGUCAAAAUAGAUUUGCGAAACAGGAUUGGAGAUGAAUGGAUGAAUGAUAGUUUAGUAGUCUAUAUCGAGAAAGAUGUUUUUAAUACUGUCGACAAUGAGCUAAUUUUACAGCGUUUUCAGAACAUGGAGUCUCGAAGAAUGCAAUUGUUAUGUAUUCGUUAG